GGGCGGGAGCCUGGAUGAAGAGCCUGUCUAUCGUCGCCUGAGGUGUCCAGCUAAGCCAGACAAACCCACAACACUAGUGUCUCCCUCUGCGUCAAGACCCUCACUCUACACCAGUUCCCCUCUGCUACGGACAAGUAGGUCUGCAGUCCCCGAUUCUGAGAAUUCAGAGACUACCACAAACACAGGAAAGGAAAUGGACAAAAAUGAGAGUGAAGAAGCAGAUUUAGAUAAUCAGUCCUCCAGCAGGCUGUCCACCCGAGACAGGAGGCGGCUCAGGGAUCGGCGAAGAGGCACCGGCAUCAACUUCUGGACAAAUGAUGAGGAUGAAGCUGAUGUCUCUGAAGAGGUGAAGCAGGCACUGCAUGAAAGACUUUCUAGGUUGGAAUCAGGAGGCAGCAAUCCUACAAGCAGCGAUUCCUAUGACCGAGCCUCAGCAAGAGCUCGGCGGGAGGCCCGUCUGGCCAGCCUGACCAGCCGGGUGGAAGAGGACAGCAACAAGGAUUAUAAAAGACUCUACGAGAGUGCCCUAACCGAAAACCAAAAACUGAAAACAAAACUUCAGGAGGCCCAGCUAGAGUUAGCAGAUGUAAAAUCCAAGCUUGAGAAGAUGGCCCAGCAGAAACAAGAGAAGACCUCUGACCGGUCAUCGAUGCUGGAGAUGGAGAAGCGGGAGAAGAGAGCCUUGGAGCGGAAAAUGUCAGAAAUGGAGGAGGAGAUGAAGAACCUCCACCAGCUAAAACAGAUUCAGACCUUGAAGCAGAUGAACGAGCAACUGCAGGCUGAAAACAGGGCCCUGACCCGAGUGGUGGCCAGACUCUCGGAGUCCGUGGAGUCCUCGGAAACCCACGACCUCUAG